AUGGCAGUCAUGCAAGAUAAAAACACAGACCCUCAUAAGUACAAACUGGACACAUCUCAGAAUGAUCAGGAUGAGGUUGGCCUCAUCUGCAGUAUUUGCGUCAAGGAACGUUCAUCCGCCAAGCGGAAAGAAAUAUACAAGACCAUUCAAACCAAGGCUGGUGUGUCUUCGCCAACACAGCUGCUACAACAAGAGGAAUGUAAUCUAACCAAACGCUCCAAAAUUGAUCGUAUGCAACUGUCACCUGUGGAAUGGACACGAGCAGGGCAAUUUACAGACCUCCUUUUGUAUGCUGAUGUUGCUCAGCAAGCCUUCUCUUCAGAUCACGGAUCAACCCUUCAUCUUGCUAUUCCAGCACUGGAGACUCUUCACAGAUCAUGGAUGUCACAAGCGGAAAGAUCUAAAUAUAGUUGA